UCUGCAGAAAUUCGGAUCUGCCCUGCUCUGCUUCUUCCGCCCACUGCUCUGCCGUGUGUGGGGGUGAGUUUCUCGGUUUUUCUGUGGCGUGAAAGCUCCUCCAAUUUCCCGCCGGCCUUCCCCUCAAUCUGCAGCUCCGGUUUCUUUGCUUGCAAAUUCUGGAAGCAAAACCGAGGACAGGGAAACCACGGGAAGUGACGAGUUAAAAGGCUAGCCAUUUUGAGAUUGAUAUAGAUUUUAGAUAUAAAUCAUGAUCUUGUAAGCUAGAGUGUAUUUGGAGAUUUUAUGAUAUGAGAGCAAAUUUGAUCUUUAGAUUUUGAUGGUAUCAGAUUGUGGUGUGAUAAGUUCUGAGCCUUGUGCAUUUGUGGGUCCCUCUCACGAGUGUACGGCGUCUGUCGUGUCCCCAGAUUUGGGUUUUGGGGCAUGACACAUUUAAUGUUAAAUAACAACCGCUAACCAUUGUAUAGCCAAACACAAGUAACAAAAGGGCAAAUGAAGGAUGUUUAGGACUUUUGGGUGAUGAAAGUGGCCACAAAAGGGACAAUGGUGACUAAGAGAAGGGAUGUGGAAGUUGUCACGCCCCAGAACUCAAAUCGGGGACGUAACAGAUGCCGUGCACUCGUGAACAAGUCCCACGAAUGCACAAGGCUCAGAACUUUAUCAUACCACAAUCUCUGAAGAUAAAAUUACAAAAUUUGCUCUGAUAUCAUAAAAUAUCCAAAUAAAGUCUAGCUUACAAGAUCAUGAUUUAUAUCUAAAAUCUAUGUUCAAUUUACAAGAUGGCUAGCCUUCUAACUCGUCACUCCUCUCGUUUUUCCCCAUCCUUGACUUCGCUUCCUGAAAUGGUGGACAAGGAAAAACUAUGAGAUAACUCAAUAAGUAAAUAUGGAUAGCCCUU